AUGCCUAAAUGGGUCUUCAACUGCAACACCGGCGUCUUCACCACCGCCGAAAAGAAACAAAUCGCCGAGGGCAUGACCAAGCUCUACACCAGCGUCGGUCUACCCGGAUUCUACUGCCACACGCACUUCAUCGAGCUCACCCCUGAAAACAUGUACGCCGGCGGGGAGACGCCCAAGGCCUUGACGACCGUCUCCAUCUACCACAUUGCGCGCGGCUUCGAUACCCCUCAGGUCGAGGCUUUCUUCUUCAAAGCUCUGGAUGAUAUACUGAGGCCCAUCUUGAAGCCAAAAGGGAUCGAAUGGGAGUCUGGGAUUUAUGAGGCGAGGAGGGAGUUGUGGAGGAUUAAUGGGCUUGUGCCGCCUGAGACGGGGUCGGAGAUGGAGAGGAAGUGGGCUAAGGAGAACCGGGUUACGGAUGAGGAAGAUUUGUUGAAAGUUCAGAAGCUUUCUAGAUUGUGA